AUGUCAAUUGAAGAUAAUCUGCAGGAGCCUCUUCUAGAGCGCUUAAGUGCCUCCCCCGAACCAGAGGAUCCUAUCAAGACCCAGAGCUCCGCAAAGAAGAGGAAGCGCGGACCGGAACAAGAUCAGAGUUCUAGGAAAACUGCAAAGAAAUCGAAGACAAAGAAGGCCAAUGCAGUAGAUGAGGAUGAAUUGGAUAUUGAAUUGGGUAUCAAUACCGCAUUUUCGCACAUGGACAACCAACUUUUGGCCGACUAUGUUGCUCAGCGGACGAGGAAAUAUGAGAGUGAUUUAAGUCUGGUUGAAUUAGAAGAUAAAUAUAUCUCAGCUACUGCGAUUCGAGACACUACUUCGUUUGACAAACCUCGUACUUUAGACAAUUUGCCAGCCUUUCUCGAGAAAUUCUCCGGCAAUACGACAAAGCUGUGGUCAGCAUCCAAGAAGAAUGGGGCGCCUCACACUAUCAUCGUAGCAAUGGCUGGGAUAAGGGCAGCGGAUCUGGCGAGGGUUGUUCGAAAAUUCCAUACGAAGGAUGCCAAAGUGGCCAAACUUUUCGGAAAACACAUCAAAAUGCAGGAUGCCAUUAAAUUCUUGAAAUCGACGAGAACGGGAAUUGCUGUGGGCACACCAGCCAGGAUAAAAGACCUACUAGAUGAUGGCGCACUUGCUACAGACAGAUUAGAAAGAAUAGUCAUUGACUGUUCGUAUAUUGAUCAGAAGAAGAAGGGCAUUUUGGAAACGAAAGAAACACAGAUCGCUUUGAUACAACUUCUAGGGGAAAAGCAGCUCAGAGAGAGAUACAACUCUGACUCUGGAAGCAUAGACCUACUUUUCUACUGA